UCACUUCAGGCUUUUAAUUUGGAACCCCAACCGGAAGCAGUAGCUGCCUCUCGAUGAGUUCCACGUGACUGAGCUUCAUUCCCUAAAAGCAGCGUAGACAUGAACCAGGACGAAGACCUCGGGGCCUUUGACCCCAACAUACCAGAGGAGGGACCUUCAGCACCACCCGCUGGCUGGCUGGACGACGUACAUGGGUACCAUGGCAACAAAGGAGGCGAAGGGGACAACCCGUUGUGUCCACCCCCUCCGGCCUACACCCCCCAGCCCGAACUCAACAGGAACACCUUGGUGCCCAACGUCAGGGUCCCCACAGUGUCGGAGGACGUGGCCCGGGACGCCUUGCUCAGAUUUGUGGAGUCCAAAUGGAGGUUCAGCUCCAAACCUGCCAGGAACCUGGUCUUCAAAGAGCUGAAGCCCAUUACGGUGUACCGGUAUAGACUGGAGACCUACACCGAGACCAGGACCAGCGCCUGGCAGUUUGAACCCUAUAAUGGACAGGCGGUGGAUGGUCCUCAGUUCGGGGUGAGUCCUCCUCCGUGGGACGUCGUGGUGUCCCCGCCCCAGAGGUACACCGACCGGGUGGAGAAGGUCCCCGUGCCCCACUCGUCCUUCGUGAAGCUGUGUCACAAGUGCCACGGCUGUGGAAGGACUCGCUGUGGACACUGCCACGGUAGAGGCCAGAAGCGCUGCCCGUUUUGCCAUGGCAACGGGCGCUCCAGGAACAAGAGAUGCACUUCCUGCGGAGGCCGAGGGCGCAAGAGGUGCACCUUCUGUCGGGGCCACGGACACAACACCUGCUCCGUCUGCCACGGCAGCAAGAACCUGCUGCACUUCAUCCUGCUCACCAUCACCUGGAAGAACGACAUUAGCGACUACAUCCCGGACCGCCAGCCAGACUUCCCCGACAAGAAGUUUGAGAAGGUGACCGGAGACCCUUUCUUUGUGGACGAGAGCGUUCUGGUUUACCCGAUCCAAGGUUUCCCUGAUCAGGAGAUCUGCGAUGUCUCCAGGAAGCUGAUUAACGAACACCUCAAUCGCUUCAGCUCCACCAGCCGGAUCCUGCAGCAGCGUCAGACCAUCGAGCUUGUGCCUCUGACCCACGCGCUCUACACCUACAACGGGAAGGAGUCCGGCUUCUUCGUCUUCGGGGUGGAGAACCAAGUGUUCGUCUCCAAGUAUCCCUCCGCCUGCUCUAUUCUAUAGGAACCACCCACCUGUUGAUGUUGGAUGUUUCACCGGAAAGUUCUCUAAACCCAGCCAAAGAAGCAUUUACACACAAACCAAGAGACUUUAUAUAUUUUAUUAUUAAAUCAAUGUUUCUACUUCGGUCAGCUCAGGUCUCCAGAUGAGAAUCCAUCCGUGAUAAUCAUCAUCUUUUAUAACGCACACCUUU